AUGUCCGAUCUCUUCGUGGCACUGGACUAUUUCAAGGAGAUGAUCGCACCACAGGAAAUUUUGAUCCCUCAACGUCAAGUUGAUCAACAGAGGCGUUUUGAUGAUCAGUUGCUUCAAACGCGGCUUCGCAUGCUCAGCUUUUUCAACAAAGUUGGGCUCCAUUUGGCGUUCCUGUUUGCUGUUACAGCACUUUGGAGGCUGAUGCAGCAUCCAAGCUAUGAACCCUUCUCUGAGUUGAUAGCCUCAUUGAUUGGAUAUUUUGGACAUAUCUUUACGGAAGGGAACGUGACAACGAAUCGUCAUUUCCGAUAUGUCACAUUCACAUUCGGCUGCUGUCAUUUCCUGUAUUCGAUGGGCGUUGCCUUGGAGACGAAUUUAGUGGUGUUUUUGUGUCAAGAGAAGCUCCUCGUCGUGUUCCUGUUUCUUCUGGCUGUUGUUCUGAUCGAUUUGAAGGUGAUUUUGACGUUGUACAUUAGCGAAUCUGUAGUCUUCACCCUCAGAUUCUGGUUCCUCAUUGGCUUUGAGAAACUAACUCCCAUCAUCAUUUUCUCAACUCUGACCAGUCACUUUGUGGUGGCAAUAACUCUUGUGCUCGUUAUCCACAACAUUCGAUCUAACAUCGCAGCCAGACAAAAUUCUGGCAGCGCAUCCUCCUUGAUGUUGGGAUUUCGACACGUCCUGCGUGGAGUCUGCGAUGGUGAUUUCCUCUUGGAUCGAAGCAGCUGUUAUAUCCUGGAUGAUGCCAGCUGCUUGGAGCGGCUGUUGAAGUCCAAGAAGAAGCUGUCUGAGAGCAACUUCCUGGACCUCUUCCUGGAUCCGGAAAGCCGUUUGAAUUUUUUGAAUUUCCUACAUGCACAAGAUCCGUCUGAGAUGAGCACCCCAGGUAUACCACGAGGCUUGAGGGUUUCACUGCAGGGAGCAGAUGGUCCCGUUUCGUUGGAUCUCUUCCACACCAGGAUUCCCAGUCAGGACUCGGCCGACUAUUGUUUGUUGGCCAUGAAAGAGGAUCCAGAACAAAAGCCACCACCCGACGCAUCAGAAGCCGGAGCCAGAGCACUUCCAAGAAAUUUUGCCUCGACAGCUCCCUCUUGUACGCGAAGCUCAGAGACGGAAAUUGUGGAUACCUGUGAAGAGCUCAUGGAAAUUGCUUUGUUGUUUACCAAUGAGACUGGACUUCUGGAUGUCAAGGAAUCCGUUGAGGAAGAAGGAGGCAUUGCGGAAGGCGACAAAGAGCGUCAGCAUCGAAGCGCUUCGAUGGCGGCGCUCAUCGAGCAAGCGGCCGCCGCCGCCCCCACGGUUUUUGAAAGCCAGCCGCAGCGCCGCUCCGCCGACGCCUCGGCGGCCGAGAGCGUGGCCGUGGCCUGCGGUGUGAAUGCGGCGUCCAUGGCAUGGGAAAGUCAGCCGGAAGCCUCCAAGGCAGAUGUGCUACACAGAAAUGGUCCCCAGACCUCAGAUGCGGAGAAGUUGAUCCAAAGCGCCGCGGAGCAGUGGAGCAGCGGAGGUGACAUCGUGUACGAGAACGCGCCGGCGGAGAGUUCCGCGCAUGUGACCCAUGCCUCGGCCGUGCAGGCCACGUCGGCUUCGGUCUUUGAGAGCACGCCCAGCCUUUCUCAAGCUGAUGCGGUGGCAGCGCACGUGGCUCACACUGAAAGUGCCAGGAGACUCAUCGAAACGGCGGCCCAACAGGCCGAGAAGAACCAACUCCGGGAGUUCUCGGAGGACUCCAAGGACUCCAAGGUUCGCGAGGCAGCCGAGCUACUCCAACAAGCCGCUUUAGAGCAUGCGCAGGGCAACGAAGGUAGCUCCUUUGUCUUCGAGAGCGUGCCCAAGGAGAGCUCCGCGCACGCGCGCCACGGCGCCGACAGCGUGGAAGAGAGCGAGGAGGAGGUGACGGAUGACGAGGACUAG